AUGUCACUGCAGCAGCAGAUGAGUGAUCUGAGGAUUGUUCUUCUGGGGAAAAGCAUGUCAGAUAACAGACAUGUGGCAAACUUCAUUUUAGAGAGAGAUGGGCCUGAGAGUAAAACAUCAGUUACUAUGAAGCUCCAGCAGUGCAGUCAGAGAAUUGAAGGAAGACUGAAUCACAGAUAUGUGAUGCUCAUCAACAGUCCUCAGCUGCUUCAGCCUAAUCUGUCUCUUCAUCAGAUCACACAGACAGUCAGAGAGUGUGUGAGUCUGUCUGAUCCAGGACCUCAUGUCUUCAUCAUCGUACUGCAUCUUAAAGACUUCACCGAUGAGGACAGAUACAGAGUAAAAGGUGUCCUGAAGGAGUUCAGUGAAGAGGCCAUCAAACGCACCAUAGUGCUCACGACUGAUGACAAGACACAUGGAUCAGUGUUUAGUUAUUUCUCCAAAAAUACUGCAGUGAAUCUGUUAAUAGCGGAGUGUGGAGGAGGACAUCUGCAACUGAAUGAAAAAAAAACAGGAUGGCGUUCUGACAUACUGAAAAGGGUUGAGGAGAUUCUGAAGGGAAAAAAGGAAACAUAUCUCACUUGUACAAUAUAUGAAGAUGUCAAACGAACAUCAGAGGAUAAAGAGGAGAAGAAAUCUGAGGAAGAAAAUUAUGAAAGUUCCUAUGAAAAAGAUCUCAAAGAGAUAAGUCAUGAAGAGUCAACACAUGCAUCUGGACAACAGAAGCUGAAUCUGGUUCUGUGUGGAAGUAAUGCUACACAUACAGUCUCAGUGUCGAAGCUUCUCUGUCAUUCCAGUCAGACAGACGGCACUGAAGAGUGUGUGAAGAAACAGAAGAGUCAUGGUCGUCAGAUCAGUCUUGUGAAUCUUCCAGCUCUCAGUCGUCUCUCAGAGGAGGAAGUGAUGCAUCACACUCUCCGCUGUGUGUCUCUCAGUGAUCCUGGAGUUCAUGCUUUCCUCAUUAUUGUUCCUGUUGGUCCACUGACUGUUGAAGAUAAAGCAGAGAUAGAGAAGAUCCUGAAGAUAUUUGACUCUAGAGAUCACGUCAUUCUGCUCUUCACAAAAAAGCCCACUGAUGAUGGAAUUGCUACUGAUCUUGUGGACAUCUACCCAGAUUGUCAGGAGUUGAUCAGUCUUUGUGGAAGUCAGUACAGAGUGAUUGGGUUAAAGGAACAUGAAGAGUCAAGACAGAUCCCAGAACUGCUGGAGUAUAUAGAGAAGAUGGAGACUGAACCAUAUUCACCUCAGAUAUGUGUGGAAGCCCAAGAGAACAGAGUCAGACGAGAACUGGAGGAAAAACAUAAGAAAGAAAUCGAACAACUGGAGAGUAAAAUCAAAGAGUUGGAAAGCAAGAUUCCGUCAGAAGGUGGGGUGUUUUUAUUGUGCAGCUAUGAAAUAACAUAGUAGGCAAA